CUCACUGCUUGGCCUCGCUCGGGGGUGCCACCUUCCCGCACCGUGUUUGGGUCUGCAAACGUCUGUGUUGUGCCGGCCCCACUUCCCGUGGCUGUAUUGGGCCCACAUCGUGGCUGUCCACGCAUGGGUCACUCUUCAGAACAUUGUCGUGGCCAAGCUGUCAGUGCCCAGUAGCAACUAGUCGGCCCCCACGAGUGGUUGGUUGGUGGGCAGAAGGCUGCCAGUGGCUGAGUCCCUUGGCACACCUGCCUCCCGGCGUGUGCCCCAAGCGCCCACCUGGGAGCAAAUGGCAUGUGCCUGAGCUCCCUCCACUGCCCAGGCCUUCCCUCCCGGGCCUGAGAGCAGUGGUUGGAGAGUCGUCCUGAGCUGGUGGCGCUUGGCUUGAGCAGCUUUCCCGACAGCCACUCACCUGGGUGGCUGGGCAACGGGGUUGUCGCCUGGUUGGGCCCGGAAAUGGGACGUCGCGCCUCCUCGGGGAGUGUAGAAGCAGCCAGGGCCUCUCCAAGCCGCUGCUGUGACAGAAAGUGAGCGAGCUGCCAGAGGAUGUCCACCACCACGACGGUCGCCCCCGCGGGGAUCCCGGCAGCCCCGGGGCCUGUGAACCCACCGCCCCCGGAGGUCUCCAACCCCAGCAAGCCCGGCCGCAAGACCAACCAGCUGCAGUACAUGCAGAAUGUGGUGGUGAAGACGCUCUGGAAACACCAGUUCGCCUGGCCCUUCUACCAGCCCGUGGACGCAAUCAAACUGAACCUGCCGGAUUAUCAUAAAAUAAUAAAAAACCCAAUGGAUAUGGGGACUAUUAAGAAGAGACUAGAAAAUAAUUAUUAUUGGAGUGCAAGCGAAUGUAUGCAGGACUUCAACACCAUGUUUACAAAUUGUUACAUUUAUAACAAGCCCACAGAUGACAUUGUGCUAAUGGCCCAAGCCUUAGAGAAAAUUUUUCUACAAAAAGUGGCCCAGAUGCCCCAAGAGGAAGUUGAAUUAUUACCCCCUGCUCCAAAGGGCAAAGGCCGGAAGCCGUCUGUGGGAGUCCAGAGCGCAGGUACGCAGCAAGUGGCGGCCGUGUCCUCUGUCUCCCCAGCGACCCCCUUUCAGAGCGUGCCCCCCACUGUCUCCCAGACGCCUGUCAUCGCUGCCACCCCUGUACCAACCAUCACUGCAAACGUCACGUCGGUCCCAGUCCCCCCAGCUGCCGCCCCACCUCCUCCUGCCACACCCAUCGUCCCUGUGGUCCCUCCUACGCCGCCUGUCGUCAAGAAAAAGGGCGUGAAGCGGAAAGCAGACACAACCACUCCCACGACGUCGGCCAUCACUGCCAGCCGGAGUGAGUCACCCCCGCCAUUGUCAGACCCCAAGCAGGCCAAAGUGGUGGCCCGGCGGGAGAGUGGCGGCCGCCCCAUCAAGCCUCCCAAGAAGGACCUGGAGGACGGCGAGGUGCCCCAGCACGCAGGCAAGAAGGGCAAGCUGUCAGAGCACCUGCGCUACUGCGACAGCAUCCUCAGGGAGAUGCUGUCCAAGAAGCACGCGGCCUACGCCUGGCCCUUCUACAAGCCAGUGGACGCCGAGGCCCUGGAGCUGCACGACUACCACGACAUCAUCAAGCACCCGAUGGACCUCAGCACUGUGAAAAGGAAGAUGGAUGGCCGAGAGUACCCAGACGCACAGGGUUUUGCUGCUGAUGUCCGGCUGAUGUUCUCGAACUGCUACAAAUACAAUCCCCCAGACCACGAGGUGGUGGCCAUGGCCCGGAAGCUCCAGGACGUGUUUGAGAUGAGGUUUGCCAAGAUGCCGGAUGAGCCUGUGGAGGCGCCGGCACUGCCUGCCCCCGCAGCCCCCGUGGUGAGCAAGGGUGCUGAGAGCAGCCGUAGCAGCGAGGAAAGCUCUUCGGAUUCAGGCAGCUCGGACUCAGAGGAGGAGCGGGCCACCAGGCUGGCAGAGCUGCAGGAGCAGCUGAAGGCCGUGCACGAGCAGCUGGCCGCCCUGUCUCAGGCCCCCGUAAACAAACCAAAGAAGAAGAAGGAGAAGAAGGAGAAGGAGAAGAAGAAGAAGGAUAAGGAGAAGGAGAAGGAGAAGCACAAGGUGAAGGCCGAGGAAGAGAAGAAGGCGAAGGUGGCUCCGCCUGCCAAGCAGGCCCAGCAGAAGAAGGCUCCUGCUAAGAAGGCCAACAGCACGACCGUGGCCGGCAGACAGCUGAAGAAAGGCAGCAAGCAGGCAUCUGCCUCCUACGACUCGGAGGAAGAGGAGGAAGGCCUGCCCAUGAGCUACGAUGAAAAGCGCCAGCUUAGCCUGGACAUCAACCGGCUGCCCGGGGAGAAGCUGGGCCGGGUGGUACACAUCAUCCAGUCUCGGGAGCCCUCGCUCAGGGACUCCAACCCCGACGAAAUAGAAAUUGACUUUGAGACUCUGAAACCCACCACUUUGCGGGAACUGGAGAGAUACGUCAAGUCUUGUUUACAGAAAAAGCAAAGGAAACCGUUCUCAGCAAGCGGGAAGAAACAGGCAGCCAAGUCGAAAGAGGAGCUAGCUCAGGAAAAGAAGAAGGAGCUGGAAAAGCGUCUGCAGGACGUCAGCGGGCAGCUGAGCAGCAGCAAGAAACCCGCCCGGAAAGAGAAACCCGGCUCCGCGCCCUCAGGGGGCCCGUCCAGGCUCAGCAGCAGCAGCUCCUCCGAGUCUGGGAGCAGCAGCUCCAGCGGGUCCAGCUCCGACAGCAGCGACUCAGAGUGAACUGGCUUCGGACAGGACAGGACAGAUGGAUGUCGCACACGCCGAGACUCUGCCGUGCCCCUCUGUGGUUCAUAUACUACUUUUGUUCCAUGGUGUGCAGGUCUGCUUCUUAAUUCAGUGUUAUGAUAUCUUCCAGUUUUUGCUUUCAUAGGUCAGAGAUCUAUCUUGUGUGUGCGUUAGACUUGAUGAGAAGGUGUGAACUCUGCAGAAAGUCUCUUCUUCAUCACUGAAUUCAGUCACUUGGAGAUGACAACUUCACAUGCUAACCCGAUGACCCCAGAAAACUGUGUGAGAUUCGUACCGAAGAACCUUGUGGAAUCCCUUUGCUUAGACCCAACCUGGUCGACAGCUCGAGAAAGCAUUUUUUCCAAGGAAAUGUCUCGGCCAUGGGUACUGUAUUUGAAAGCUGUUAGCUUUGUCAACACGCAUCGUCCUUGUCAUGUGGGCCCUGAGCUCUGACCCUCGUGUCUGACGCGGCCACCUCUUUCUGGAGGGGCUGAGGACAGAUGUGCCUGCUUGUGGGGACCAGGCUGGGCCUAAGCGAAGGGUUGUCACAGCCCCAGCCCAGAGCGUGGAGCCCUUGUGGGGGUCGGGUGGGAUGUGCGUUCUCCGAUCGUGGUGAUGUCAGGAGCUCCUCGGAGGGAACAGAGCGGCUGUGUGUGCAGCCUGCAGGUUUCCAUACACUGAAGCUUUUACCUCAACUUUAAAAAAAAAAAGAAGAAAAGAUUUAAAAAAAAAAAAAAAGGAGACUUUUUUUGUAAGGUUCGGCAAUUUUCUACGGAAGUCCAGCCCGCUGUGAGUCCCCGCCUGGCUAGCGCCGCCCCUGCUGCUGCUGCUGCUGCGCCCUUGGGAACCACUUCCCAAGCUUUUGUGUAUAUAAAUAGUUAUUUAUUAACAUCAUUGGUCAUUUUUUAAAAAAAAAAAAUAAGAAAAAACCGCAGAAGAAAUGCAUUCACACAAUCGCAGAGAUGCAGGCCUUGUCAGUGGUGUGCCGGGCCCGGGUCCUGUCUGGCGGCGGCCUGUCGUCUCCAGGUGCUAACUCCUGCCACCGCGCGGUGCUCACCCACAUCUGUGUUCGCGCGCUCGCCCCUGGGUUCGCUGGGUUUUUUGGGUUUUUUCUUUGUGGUUUUUUUUUUUUUUUUUGUAUGAAACUUGGAGGCUUACAGGUAUAGACAGCUUUCAGCUACAGCACAUUCUAAUUUUUUAUUUUGUUUAGUUCUUUUGUAUUCACUUCUGGUCUCUUUAAGACUGUUUUAAAAGAAAUCGAUUUAGGGAACCCCAGUUAUAUAAUAUAAACUUUGUAAUCUGAGAGAAAAAAUGUAUAGUAAAUCUAAGUCUUGAUUUUUAACUUUCUAUUGUAAAAAAUAAUAAUAUACAGAGUUUAAUAGAAGGUUAUGUUUUGGUUUUGUUUUCCCAGAGGCUGCCAUAUGGCCUUUGAGUGCGGGGAUGCCCCACACUGGCCCACCAAUGAGCAUGGCGGCUUCGGCCAGGAAUGCCAGGGUUAGCUUCCCCGGGCUCGUGGGUGGGCAUGCCUGCCCCAUGCCAGCCUACAGAGGCCUGGGCAGGCCCUCCCCAGCCUGUCUGCCCUCCUCAGGGGUAGAGUCGUCUCUGGGCCCCAGGAGGAUUCCCUCCCAGAGACUUGCACGGUGCUCCCUGUUCACGCGUUGUCAUAGUUAGCCCGGAAAUGACUGAAACCAGGCAUUCUCCCGGACCUGGGCGUGGGGGAGCCUCCAGGCAGAUGCUGGCUAUGGAGCCGUGGUGUCGUCUGUCCUGUAUGGUGGCCAGUGCUUUCUGCCAGCACUUCUGGAUGGAUAGAGGGACUAUCAUUAAUAUCCUAAUACAUGGUGAUUUAAAAAAAAACAACAUAAAAUUGAUUCAGAGUCCACUGGCCCUUACAGAUGUAGGUACACCCUUACUGGAGAGGGAGCUCUGAUGAGGAAAUGCUGGUCAGUUACUACUUUUUAAAUUGCUGGUAAGUCUGACACUUGGUGAGUUUUCAGCCAGUUUGUUAAACUUUUAAUUAAGUUUUGUUUAUAAUAAAAAUAUUAAUGGAUUUGAAAGUUUCCAUUUUUUAAAGUUACCCUUGUUUUUCAAAGGUAUUUUCUAAACAGAUAGUUAAUGGACUAUUUAAACCGAAUUUAAGGAAUUCACACACGACAGUGGACAGGUCUUCACGCAGGCUGGUUGGUAACGUGCUGCCAGCACAGGGCUGGGUGAUGCGCACACCUUAAGCUGGGGGUGCCUGGGGAUGGUGGGAGCUCCUUGAAAUGUCCCUCCAGCCACAGGGCAGUGAGGCACGUGCCGCCUGUGUGAGCUGUCGGGAGCAGCCGGCUGUGGGGCAGCGCAGCAGGAGCGUCGUGGGGCCAUUCCUUCUCGGCUGGUUCUCUGUGAUGGUGGCGUUGGCUCGCCUCUGCUCCUUUCAUCUAGAAAGAAGCCACUGACCCUGACGGCCCACCGAGGGUACACUGAGCAGCCGCAUUGGUGCUGUCACUUUUUUAAGGCUUUCUGUCCAGACUUCAACACUGGUUUCUUUUCAGAGUUUCGAAGGAUUGAUGACUUCCUCAGCGCCCUCGCCGGCAGGCUGAGGGUGACAGUCACGUCCACGUCUUCUGUAUUAGAAGGCUGCGGUGAUUCAAUUAGAUUGUCCCGCUGCUGAGACCUGUAGGGCAGCUUCUAACAUGCUUUUUUCAAGGGGAGAGGAGCAGUGACAAGUCGUGUGUCGGAAUUGGAUUUGAGAACGCUCUGAGGGACCCCUGGAGGCCAAGGGGGCGGGCUUCGGGCGUGAACUGAACUCCAGACCCCUCUUUGUGUCGGGCGGCGUCAUCUUGCUUACAAACUGUAAGACACAUUUUCUUUGGUGUUUGUUUUUGUUGUUGUUCUUUUGCAGCACUCACGCCUCCGACAGUCUUUUGGGAAAGAGUAACACCCACAUACAGAAUUGGUCACAUCCAGAGUAGCGCCGUUUCUUCGCACUGGCAUAAGGCCUCCGGGAGCGUUUUCCUUUUUAUAGUUAAAGUGUUACUUUUCUGUAUGAUGUGCAUGCAAGUUUACCGUAACUUUUCUUAAACUUUUUAGUGCCGUUUCUAGUAUAUUCCUGUAAAUGUCAGUUACUGAAAAUGAGUCCAAUGUAAGUAGUUUAGCUUGUUUAUUGCAAUGCUGGCCUCAACACAACAGAAUAAAAAUGGUAGAAAGUACUCUUUGAUGUUUCUGGUAAUCAUGGACCCUUCUCCUGGGGCAUUUGUUUUGUUUUCAUAAUAAAAAGCAAAAAAAAAAAAA